UCCAAAUCCUUAAUCAGAGCCUAUUAGCUCUUUUAAUCUUUUCAAUAAUCGUUUGAAAUCUUCCAAUAUUGAAAUUUAUUUAUUUUUUUAAAAAAUCAAAAUCAAAAUCCAAAGAUGUCGAUAAAUAAAAUCCAGGAAAAUACCAGUAAAAACAAUGCUAGAUUGACCUGGGAAGGCUGCAGCAUCUUGCUUGACAUCAACGAUGGUGAACGAAUGGUUUUUGAACGUUUGACUGCAGGCGCUACAUUGAAGGUUGGAAAUAAGAAGUGCUCUCUUCAGCCUUUUAUUAAUUGUCCAUUUGGGUCUCUGUUUCAAGUAGAGAACGGAACAGAUGGGCCUUUUUUGUCUCGCAUUUUUUCGACAUCAGAAGGUAGUAAUGAUCUUCAAGAGGAAAAGGAGUCUCCUACAGUUUAUGGUUCCAAAGACAACAGAGAAUUGAUGGAUAAUAAUACAGCCCAGUCUCUUACAGGCGAAGAUAUAGAUGAGCUGCGAAGAAAGGGAGCCAGUGGAGUUGAAAUUAUUGAAGCACUCAUCACUAAUAGUGCAACAUUUGAAAAGAAGACAUCAUUUUCACAGGAAAAGUACCGUCUUAAGAAGCAGAAGAAAUACUCACCCAGAGUACUUUUAAGGCGUCCUACUGCAAGAAGCAUAUGUGAGGCAUACUUCAAAAAACGUCCAGAACAAAUAGGGUUCUUGCGAAUGGACGCAUUAGCUCUUCUGCUGUCCAUGGCUAGUGUAACUUCACAUUCAGACGUGCUUGUAGUGGAUAUGGUUGGUGGACUUCUUACUGGUGCUGUGGCGGAGAGGUUGGGAGGUAAUGGUUAUGUGUGCAAUACGUAUCGUGGAAUUACACCGUAUCCCAUUGAUAUUGUCCGGAUGUUCAACUUUGGUACAGAGAUUUGUGAAAGGAUUGUAAAUUCCCCCUUGACAGAGUUAUGUGCAACUUCAAAUGUAACUUCAGUAUCAAGCAGCCAACUGGAAGAAGCCUGUGGCACCAGAAGCCAGUCAAAUGAAGAAGGUCCUUCUUCCUCUGUGCCCUCUCUGGACACGGGUGAAAUUAUGAUAUCCUCUGAAGAUGGCGACACAGACAUUAGUCCUACUUCUCUAGCUGUCAAACCAUGUAAAGCCACAAAGGUCGGUCAGAAGGCACCACUGGAUGCUAUUAAGUCAUGGAGGGAAAAUGGAUUCUCCAGUUUAAUAAUCGCUGCUCCACAAAUUGAUGCUUGGAGCAUGGUCAAAGAACUUCUCCCUCUGCUGUCAUUUUCAGCUCCUUUUGCAGUUUAUCAUCAGUAUCAGCAGCCUCUUGCUCUCUGCAUGCACAAUUUGCAGGUCGGGAAAAUGGCUAUUGGUUUGCAAAUAUCUGAACCCUGGUUACGUGAAUAUCAGGUCCUUCCAUCCAGAACCCACCCACACAUGCAAAUGAGUACAUCUGGCGGGUAUAUACUGAGCGGGACCAGGAUAUAUGGUUCCAAAUAGCAACUUGUAGUAAUUAGAUUUGUGCCCUUCCUUCUGUUGCAUCUUAACCAUUCCUUUAACAGAGCAUGCAGUUCUUUUUCUUAGAUCUCACCCUGCUGUUUCUCAGAAAACAUUUAUUUAGUUGAUGUCUGCUUUCUUCUGUAGACAUUUUUCAACGGAUGAGCUAAUUAUCAUCCUGCUUGAGGAUUGUAUCAAAUCUAAAGGGGAUUUCUCA